AUGCAGCUUAGGGCGAACCUAAUAGGCGGCGCCAAAUUAGCGGCCAUAGAAUGUCGACUACAGGAUGAGAAAAUUCUGGAUAGUCUCCGAUUCCCUCAUAUCGCCCACGAUGAUUCGACUCAGGCAUGCCUAGAAGGUACUAGGGUGGAUCUUGCCGAGCAUAUUAUGGCAUGGUGCCGCAACGCUGGGGAGAGUGAGAACCGUCUAAUGCUACUGACAGCUGUGGCGGGUGCCGGAAAGACUUCGAUUACACUCGCGAUAGCAGAACGGUGUACGAGUGAAGAGGACGUUACCCUGUUACUGCACUUCUUCUUUAAAGCUGGCGAACGGUCACGGCCCGAUUCUCUAUUCAGCGGCAUAGCUCGGGCUUUAGCAGAACACGACCCGGUUUACCGCACUUUCAUUAUCUCUGCUCUUCGAAAAGACUCUUCCCUCUCAACAGCUCCACUUGCGAAGCAAUUCAGGGAUUUGGUGGCUUCGCCUCUCCUCCACAAACCUCCACCUCCCAGCCAUCCUAUGGUGGUCAUCAUUGAUGCUUUAGACGAGUGU